UCAAUAUUAUUAGACUGCACACAUUUAAUGCACACAACCAGCUUAAAACUCGCUUACAACUCUCUCACUUCUUACACAACGCCGUAUGAAUCAAUAAAUAAUGCUUCUUCUCCUCAAAUAGCUUCACACUCACAUAAACAUCUCACAAACUUUAUUUCUCAACAUUUAAAUCUUUCCCUUUUUUAUGUCAUUCUCACUUUAAGACCUUACAAAAGUGUUUUCCUUAGUCUUUUCAAGUGUUACAAAUAAUAAUGAAUCAUUGUGAUUAUUCUAAAGGUGUUAAAUAUUAGAACUAUUUUUUUUGGUUUUUUCAUAAUAUAUAUUUAUUAGUACUUUGUUUUGGUUCAUUUUGGAGAGGAAAAAAAAUGGGAAGGACACCAUGUUGUGACAAAAUGGGGUUGAAGAAAGGUCCAUGGACAACUGAAGAAGAUGAAAUUCUUGUUAAUUUUAUCAAGAAAAAUGGUGGUCAUGGUAGUUGGCGUUCUCUUCCUAAGUUAGCAGGCCUUCGGCGUUGCGGCAAGAGUUGCCGGCUAAGAUGGACGAACUACUUGAGACCUGAUAUUAAACGCGGUCCCUUUACACCUCAGGAAGAAAAACUAGUCAUACAGCUACAUGCCAUCCUUGGAAAUAGAUGGGCUGCAAUAGCUUCUCAGCUAGCAGGAAGAACAGACAAUGAGAUCAAGAAUUUAUGGAACACACACUUAAAGAAACGUCUCAUAUGUAUGGGAAUUGAUCCACAAACUCAUGAACCAAUAGCCUCAUCACAUUACUAUCCACUUUCCAAAUCACAUUCAUCUAUCGCCACGCGCCACAUGGCUCAAUGGGAAAGUGCAAGACUUGAAGCAGAAGCAAGGCUCUCAAAAGACUCAUCUUUAUUCAACAAUAACAACAUUCCUUCUUUUGCAAGUAACAAAACUGAUUCUGAUUCUGACUAUUUCCUUAAGAUAUGGAACUCUGAAGUUGGACAAUCUUUUCGCUCCGUUCGUAAAUCAGAUGAUGGCGACGACGAUGAUGAUAAAACUAGGUGCAUAAGUUCCAUGUCUCAAGAAGGGUCAUCUUGUAAUAACACAAAAUGUGGAUCAGUUUCUGCUAUUACUACUAUAACAGAUUUGGCUUCAUCAACUCUUGCAAGCAAUGUGAAGGAAGAUUUUGAAUGGAGAAACUACAAGUCAUUUGAUAUUGGUUGUGAUGAUUCAUCAAGCUCUAAUGAUCUUGAAGACUCAUCUGACACUGCAUUGCAGCUCUUGUUGGAUUUUCCUUCUAACAAUGACAUGAGCUUCUUAGAAUAAGCUUAUUUAAGCACUUUUUUUUAGUGCUUUGUUGAAUGAUGCUUUGGUUAAUUUUGAAGACUAAGCAGUGUUUUCUAUGUAAGCCAUUGGAGAAGUAUGAGAUGAUUAUAUUAUAUAGUACUAAUGAAAUGGCAAUGUGGUAUUUUAGGUUGUAAGGUUUAUUAACAUCAUUAGAUGUGAAUUUUACAUUCUC